ACGAAAAGGUACGGGCUGUCGCAUCACCGGCGAUCAAUGGCGGGUCGGCGCGGGCACGUCAUCUGCACUAGAGACCGAGAAUUUGGGUACGCAUGCAAUCAGCGUGAUCAGGACUGGCAUUGACUAAAAGCUCAAAGCUCCUUUGCAUUCUGUCUUGUUCAAUCUACUUUCAACAUCUUCCCCGUUAAUUUCCCAACCGUAAGCUCAGCAAAAUGGCGACCAACAUCACCUGGCACCCUUCGCUCUCGCGCGCUGAGCGCAACACACUCCGCAAGCAGCCUGGCUUCACCAUCUGGUUCACCGGUCUCUCUGCGUCUGGAAAGUCGACCAUUGCCACAGCGCUCGAGCAGCACCUGCUGCACCUGGGCUUCGCAUCCUACCGUCUCGACGGCGACAACGUGCGCUUCGGCCUGAACAAGGACCUCGGCUUCAGCGAGAAGGACAGGAACGAGAACAUCAGGCGCAUCGCGGAGGUCGCAAAGCUCUUCGCCGACUCCUCGACCAUCGCCAUCACCUCCUUCAUCUCGCCCUUCGCGGCGGACCGCGCCACCGCACGCGCCCUGCACGCCGAAGUCAAGGGCGACGACGCGCCGCUCGAGUUCAUCGAGGUCUUCGUCGACCUGCCGCUCGAAGUCGCCGAGGCGCGCGACCCCAAGGGCCUGUACAAGCUGGCGCGCGCAGGCAAGAUCCCGGAGUUCACGGGUAUCAGCAGCCCCUACGAGGCGCCCGAGAACCCGGAGAUUUACAUCCGGAGCGACCAGAAGAGCGUCGAGGAGGCGGUGGCUGAGAUUACACAGUACCUGGAGAAGAAGGGGUUGUUGAAGCUGGCGCAGUAGGGGAGGUGGGUACUGGCCGGUGUUGUUUAGAUGAAUGAUGAUUUAUGAAGUGUUGGGCGUGGAAACGCUGCAAGCACGAUACACUAAACUUGUUUGCCAAAGUGAGGCCAAAUGUGUUCAAACCUUGAUGAGUUGGCGCCUAUAAGUGACCUCCAACUGCUUGCUGUGACAAUGUAGUUGACAGUGAUUAUUUUCAUGCAUUCGCGAUGGGUAGACGUCUGAAAUGACCAUCAUGUGGAUACAGGCAGUUUAAUUAUGCGAAUGAAGUUACCAUGCAAAGG